AUGGUUCUCGACGCGGUUUCUGCUAAACAAGAGCUGAAUGCGCCAGUGGUGGAUCUUGAGGGUUUCUUCAAGGGUGAUGUUGUGGCAACUGAGAAUGCUGCCAAGCUCAUUAGGUCAUCUUGCUUGAGCCAUGGAUUUUUCCAAGUGACCAACCAUAAGGUCGAUGCAGAUCUCAUCCAACUCGCUUAUGAUCAUGUGGAUCAUUUUUUCAAUCUUCCCAUCGAGGAGAAAAUAAAGGACGGUCUAGACCCAAUUGUGGCCAAUUACUUCGAAUUUACCAUAGGCAAAGAUUUCAAAGAAACAGGAUACGUUCGGCCUAUUCCUGGUGCUCUAGUCAUCAACAUUGGCGAUGUCUUCGCGGUACGAGUUGCUUACAGAGAAGUUGUGAACAGCCACAAGGAGGGGAGGUCUUUGGUCUUCUUUAUGUGCCCAAGACCUGACAAGUUGGUGAAGCCCGCAGAGGAACUUGUGCGCAGAAGCAAGGGCGCCACAAGAAAGUUUCCGGAUUUCACAUGGUAUUCACUCAAAAUCAUUGCAGGAUUAAUGAAAUUACUCUCGAAAACUUCACCGACUGUUUCCUUUCUUCUGAUCAUUCCAAUUCCAAAUCCACCAAUUAAUUGA